UAUUGUAGCGUACGAUAAGAGAAGAAAUUUUCUGUUUCACAUCAGAGCCUACCAAAGUGUUUGUAUUCCAGUUCUGUUUUAUUCUUGCAUGAUGACUGGUGUUCUUUUUGUAUGUGCAUGAUGACUCCAGAAGGCAUUUCAGCAACUUCUUUAAUUGUAUUUGCCGGGCUGAUUUGAUUUUAGAGGAAACGUUGCAAGAAAAUGUUCAACCAAAGAAAACGUGGGUGCGUGAUGUGGUCGUCUCUGUUAUAUUUGCUGGUUGCUAUCGUUCUGCAAGAUUCAACCGUACCAGGCAAAUCAACGGUCGGCGUGUCGGCCGCACCGGGCGAUCAUUGGGGCGAGUGGUCACAAUGGGACCCGUGCGACAAAACCUGUGGGAAAGGAGCGCGUGCACGAUGGAGAGAUUGCGUACCAGCGAGUGGGGAAGGCUUCGGUGGAAACUGUGGUGCUGGCGAAAUGUUACAAGUCGAUGAAGAAUGCGGACAGGCCAACCCACCGUGCUCAGGACAACGCGGAGCGGGCCAAAAUGCUCCGUCUCCCCCCAAUCCCAUGCACAAUCGUCCACCACCGCCGCCCCCACCAGGACGCCAGCAGCCUCGUCCGCCUCCACCCCCACCGCCGCCCCCACCAGGGCGCCAGCAGCCUCCGCCGCCUCCACCCCCACCGCCCAGACAGCAACAAUUCCUCCCUCCCCAACCCCCACCGUAUGAGCAGCCACCUCCACCCCCUCCGCUCCCCAUGGGAGUUCCGGGUCAACGACCUGUACCACCGGUGCCGCCAGUCUUCGAGGACGAAGUGAUCGACGGGGCGGGCCUUGAGCCGUACGGGCCCAUGAGCGAAGCGGGCCUGGGGAUGGCAGGAAACCAGAACCAGCGGCCUGUUGAUUCGAUUGACUUGCCUCAAUUCGGAGAUUUUGACAUGGGCUACGAUAACGAUUUUCCGUUAAGUGAGAGUAAAAAGAGCGGCUCGAGUGUAGUUUUGCCCAAGAGACACAUUGUAUUUUCUUCAGUCUUGGUUUCCAUCUUUCUCCUGUUAAGUAAGCGUUGAUUCAAAUAAGAAAUGUUCCACCUGAGAUUAACAGGCAUAGCUGGGAAGUCACAACUUAACCAUUUUCAGCAAAUAUAUAUGUCAUGAUUCCCAAAAGAGAAAACUAACAUUAUUUGAAAUGAUUGGCUUUUAAUGCGCGGAUAAACCAGUGCGGAUUUUGUAAAAAAAAAUCAAAAGAUGGGAUGAUAGACCUCGAGAUCAGAGUAGCAACCUUGGACUUCGCUCAAUUUCACAAAGUUAAUAAAAUGCAGAAAAUUUUGCUUGAAAAGUUUCACACUGCGUGCAUGGUUACAAUUUUGUUUUUGUCAAUCGACAGACCAAAUAAAAUGCAUUAAGCAAAACGCCA